AUGCUGUCCAAACAGGCCUUUCGAGGAAGCCUCUUUUGGCUCAUUCCGGUGCUGGCGAUGGAUCAGAUGGGUCACUGCUCAGACGAGGAAGCAUUUGAUGAGGAGGCGGCUGCACAAGAAGUGCAGCUUCUACAGAGGUAUCACCACCUGCAACGGCCAUCACAGUGGUCGCCUUUCCAGAAGGAUUUGGCACUGACACAUGUGCCGUGUACCUUCGGUCACAGCGUGGAAAUGGCAGGUCUACAGCUGCCUCGUUCUGACCUGUCAGAUUGGCUGAAGGUCUGGCAGUCCUUCAACACCACAACACCAGAGGAGGGGCUUGAGCUGAUGCGCUCUGCCACUGCUCCGGAUGUUCCGUUGUGGGGCAUGAUGGAUCCCGUUCUGCGCGGCUUCUCCAAGUUGACCGGGUGCCACUUGUACUAUACGCCGCCGAAGUACUUGCCCAAGGAUGUCGGGCAGCAGUACUACGGCAACAAGUCGGCGUUCACAUUCCUGCGGGAUCCGUACGACAGGGCUGUAAACGACUUCCGGGCGCAGGUUUUUGGCCUCGACUCGAUUUUUACGAUGAGCUGCCGACAAAACACUUCCCUGAGGGAAGGGCACCUGGAGAGAGAGAGCGAGAAGUACCGGAACUGGUACAGGACAUGCGAUGUGAACUCCUACUUGCGAGCAGAGCUGCCCAAGGUCCUGGAAGGAGACAUCUAUAGAGCCGACUGCCACUUCCUGCCGCAGGCGGACUAUUUUGAAAACCCGUUUGCCAACACGACUGCCAUUGACAAUCGAAAAAUUCCGGAAUCGUUCAAUGCACUCAUGGUGGAGCGUGGAUACUUCAAUAUCACCAUGCCUCGUACGCUGCACAACUAUGUGUGCAACAACAUCAGCGCCUACACUUUGGCGGAAGACGUGAAAAUGCUUAUCCGGAAAGUUUAUGCCAGGGACUUCGACCUCAUAUGCAGUUUGUUCGGAUACUGCGACAGGGAAGAGGUGACAUGUCUUGGCCAGAUCCCGAACAUGUGUGGCGGCAAGCCUGGCGUGAACUCCACGGCCUUCUCAGCCAAUGCGGACAAGGAUGUUCGCUCCAAGUACUUCCCUGAGUGGCCUUGUGGAAAGCCCGGUGAAGCUUGA